AUGGCGAAUGCAACGGUCGACGAUGGAUCAUCCGGCAUCCCGAAAGCGGGUCAGGUCAUGAGCAUCAUUCUCUCGCUGGCUGCCGCGACGGUGCUCACUUCGUUUCUUGCGCAACGAUUUCUGGCCAUAAAGACUUGGCGUCGUCUGCCGCUGGUCGUCUGGUUGGUGUUCGCGAUUUACAUCGACUCGUAUGCGUUUGUCUUCGCCACUGCCACACUUCAACACGCCUUUGGAGUAAAUGCAAGUCAGGCAACAUGCGAAGGCGCCAUUCUCCUGUGUCUGGUGUGCUAUGUCACAACAAAGUUUAUAUACAUAUUCUUGGUUGAAAAGGCUCAUAUCAUCCGCGGAACGCCCAAACGCCGGUUCCAGUCCAAGCUAUAUCUAUUCAAUGCCUUUGGCAUGCUGUCAAUAUAUCUCGUUGUGAUAAUACUCAACUUCAUCUUUCGAAUCGCCAAGAUGCGGGACGGCACUUGCAUCAUUGGCAUGAAGAGUCUCGCCAUGAUACCUCUCAUCAGUUUCGAUACAGUCGUCAAUGUGUACCUGACACUCAUGUUUUUAGUACCAAUGAGACGGAUGUACUCGUUUAAGAACAUGCCGCGGACGCCGGCAAAUCUACGCUUGCGAACAAUAGCAUUCAGGACAUUCAUCGGCGCUGCCAGCACACUGGUUAGUAGCAUUGUUAACCUCACCGUCCUGAUGGCUCUCAACGGCGAGCCCGGGUGGGUUUGCUUAAUGUGCUGCAAUAGCGAUAUUCUUUUCUCCGCCAUCGUGAUCCAAUGGGUCACGUCUCGGGACAACGCGGCCACCUCGAGCGCAAGUCACGGCAGCCACGGUGGCAGAAGUCACCACGAGGACGGGGACCCAAGUUCUCCAGUGGUGUCUGCACCUGGCGCGGCCGACUCAAUAUCGUGCGCGGCAACAGAGGAGAUUUCCCUUGUCACCAAGAUGAGAGGACGCGGUUCAGACUCUAGGGAGGACACUGGCGACGAAAUGGCAGACCCGAAGAUGCCGGCCGCUGCCGUCAUCACGGGGAAGAGAAAAUGGUAG